AUGUAUGGAUGGCCUCACCAACGUCCCGGUUACACGCUUCUGAACGGCGCUCCCAAUACGUUUGGCAGCAAGUUGCCUCGAAGAGCUCUCUCACAGUCUGGCGUCGGUAACUUGCCAAAUGCCAAUCAAGUCCCGAUAACAACCCAUGUCCGCGGCACAGCAGACAGCGACUGUCUCAUCAAAAUCACUUCGAACCCGGAAAACUACACCGUCGGCUGGAUCUGCGCCAUUACCACCGAGUUCGUCGCCGCACAAGCCUUCCUUGACGAGAGGCACGAUAAACCUGCGCGCGUUGCCCCUCAAGACAGCAAUAGCUACGCUCUAGGCAGUCUCAGUGGCCACAAUGUAGUCAUCGCCGUUCUGCCCCAGGGUGAAUACGGCACGAACUCGGCCGCCGUCGUCGCCAGGGACAUGUUGCACAGCUUCCCCAACAUCCGGGUUGGGUUGAUGGUCGGGAUAGGAGGCGGUGCUCCGACCCCUGAGCACGAUAUCCGCCUUGGCGACAUCGUCGUCAGUCGCCCGCGCGACGGAAAAAGCGGCGUGUUGCAGUACGAUUUCGGCAAGACGAUCCAAUCCCAGGCCUUUCAGCAGACCGGGUUCCUGAACCAGCCACCGCAGGUCCUGCGGACAGCUGUGGCCAGCCUUGAGGCCAUGUAUGAGGUUGACGGUCAUCAGCUUGAUGAUCAAAUCGAGGCGGUUCUCCAGAAAAAGCCGCGCCUUCGAAAUAAGUAUUCGCGGCCGCCGUCGAGCAGUGACAGGCUGUACAAAUCGGACGUCGUGCACCCUCAAGACACAAAGGACGGCUGCAGCCAGGUCUGUGGCAACGAACCUUCGGCCUUGGUGCUGCGCCGCCAACGCGACAGAGAUGAAGACGAUGACCCGGCUAUCCACUAUGGGCUUGUGGCCUCUGCGAAUCAGCUGAUGAAGGAUGCGCGCGUGAGGGAUAAGCUCGCAGAAGAGAAUGAUGUACUCUGCUUCGAGAUGGGAGCAGCGGGCCUGAUGAACCACUUCCCCUGUCUGGUCAUCCGUGGCAUAUGCGACUAUUCGGAUUCCCACAAGAACAAGGAGUGGCAGGACUUUGCCGCUAUGGCGGCCGCGGCGUAUGCAAAGGACCUUCUCAACCAGAUCUCGAUCAGCAGGAUCGAAGGCGAGAAGAGAAUAGAAGAAGUCCUAAAAUCACUGGAACGAAACAUAACCAAUAUUCAAUUUACUGCAAAUCAGAUCGGUGAAACGGUCAAGUCGAUUCAAUCUGAUGGCCGUGUCGCGCAAAUCAAGAAAUGGCUCUCGCCUCCGGACACAUCCACCAACUUUAACCAUGCGCGAAAGGUGCAACUUGAAGGAACCGGCACGUGGUUUAUAAAGGGCGCCGCCUUUGAGGAAUGGGAACUCGGAUCGCGUCGCCAUCUGUGGCUUCACAGUUUACCGGGAUGCGGUAAGACCGUCCUAUGUGCCAAGGUUCUCCAUCAUCUCAAAAGCACAGAGGGAUGCGUGACUCUUGAAUUCUUUUUCGAUUUCAGCAAUACGGCGAAGCAGAAGUUGGAUGACCUACUCCGUCCACUCAUCUUCCAGCUCUACAACCACGGGGGUGAGGCUGCAAAUGAACUUGACGCUAUAUUCAACUCUUGCCGUGGCCAACAGCCGGAAACAACGGCACUGGCGAACACUCUUCACGCCAUGAUGAAACGGUCCAAGAAGGUUUACAUCAUUCUCGACGCUUUGGACGAAUCCACUAUGCGAGAAAAACUUCUCGAUUGGAUAGAGAACAUCGUUUCUAAUCCUGAUUUCGACCACGUUCAGCUGCUUGCCACCAGCCGACCCGAAGAGGAAUUCCGACGCAGCAUUCCCGUCUGGAUUGGCAAGGAUAGCUGCAAAGAGUUGAACAAGGAGUCUGUCACCAUCGACAUCCACGCUUAUAUCAAAGACAGACUAAAGCACAGCCCGGAGUUCAAGAAGUGGUUCCGAUGGGCAGCCUGUCAACUUGAUAGCCUUGAAGUGUGCUUGGACCGCGAAGGAAUCGAGGCAGCUCUCCGAGCUCUGCCCCGAGAUCUGAACGAGACCUAUAGCCGCAUCCUCCAGCAAAUUCCACAGCAACGCAAGAUGAAAGCGAUCCGCCUUCUCCAGUUUCUUGUCCAUUCUGUCCGACCUUUGGAACUCGAGAAAGCCGUAGAUGCGGUAGCCGUUCGGCUUGACAACGGUCAACGGUUUUUUGACCCCGAAGACAGGCUGCCUUGUCCAGCCGAUAUCAUGCGAUUUUGUCCAAGCCUGGUGGCCAUUGCCCGAGUUUCAAAAUCAGAAUACGAAGAAGAGGUGGAGGAAGUGCAGCUAGCUCACUUCUCCGUCAAGGAAUACCUUCUACACUAUGAUGUCGAGGGAUUUCGUCACGCAGAGGCUAGCAUCAGCAUCACCCACAUGUGCUUGACCUACCUCACCAGUAUGGCAAAAGAAGCCGCCAGGAUCACCCACGCACGUUCGACCUAUGUCACCAGCAUAUCAGAAGUAGAACUGGAUGAGGAGGACAAGUCAGUUCGCAGAAUCAUUAUGCGGUGCUUUCCACUGGCAAGAUAUGCUGCAGAAGUUUGGUUGAACCAUGCUAAGCUUGCUGAAGGUGUGGACGAAGCUGUGUCGGCUGCAACGGUUAACUUCUUGUGCAACAAAACAGCACUUGAACAAUGGAUCCGACUGUUUCCACCCGAAUUUCGAUUGUAUACAGGCGGCAGGGAACCGUUUAUACAAUUGAAAUACACAGAAGCAUCCUGUCUAUAUUUCGCAUGCUCUACUGGGCUCGGUGGAACUACAAAGCAGCUGGUACUGAAGGGAGCAGAUGUCAACGCUCAAAGCGACUAUUAUAAUGGUGCCCUUCAGGCUGCUUCCUUUAAAGGCGACAUAGAGCUUGUCCAGUUGUUGCUCCUCAGUAAUGGAGCAGAUGUAAAUGCUCAGGGCGGCAAGCAUGGUAAUGCUCUUCAGGCUGCUCUUAUUCUAGACCACAUAGAUGUUGUUAAGUUGCUCCUCAGCAAUGGGGCAGAUGUCAACGCUCAGGGUGGCGAGUAUGGUAAUGCCCUUCAGGCUGCUUCCCAUGAAGGCCACAUAGAGGUUGUCCAGUUGCUUUUUAAUACAGGACAGGUUGACGUUGAAUCGAGAGAUGAUUAUGGCCGAUCGGCGUUAUCGUCGGCGGCCGAGAGAGGAUAUUAUGAGAUGGUUCAGGUGCUUCUCAACACAGGGCAGGUUGACGUCGAUUCGAGAGAUAAUGGUGGCCGAUCGGCGUUAUCGUGGGCGGCCGAGAAGGGAUAUGAUGAGAUCGCCCAGGUGCUUCUCAACACAGGGCAGGUUGACGUCGAUUCGAGAGAUAAUGAUGGCCGAUCGGUAUUAUCGUGGGCGGCCGGUAUGGGAGAAGAGGUUGUCUUGAAAAUGCUUCUUGAGACGCAACUGGACGCCGUGGCAGCGGGCAAGAACGAACUGAGCCGAUCAGUCGGCCUCUCUGACAACAGGCAAAUCCGGGAUAUUUGCGAACAAGCAUUGGCCUCGUUCUCUGAACCGUCAAACAAGAAUGCUGCUCCGAGUCGGGUUCUAACAAAUGGUGUUGACAUCAACUCAAAAGACAACACCGGUGUGACGCCUAUUUCGUGGGCUGCGAGAAACGGCCAAGUCGAUGCUGUCCGUCUAUUAUUGUCACAAGAAGGUAUAGACCCCGACUGUUGCGACAACAGCGGGCGUACGCCGCUCUCUUGGGCCGCUGAAGGGUAUCUUUGGGUCCCUCAAAAAAACUACGAAAAGAUCGUAUCGCUUCUCAUUGCGAACAACAAGGUUGACAUCAACUCACGAGACCGGAAGGGCUACACUCCGUUGAUGUGGGCACUAUUGCAUUUCAGAAGUCGCGUGGUCGGGUUAUUGGUUCAAGCCGGGAGUCGUUUGUGGGAGGCAUGCAAAGCCAGGUUGGCUUUUGAGGCUUUCUUGUUGAAACACGCAUACUUGGAAGAUAGGCUCAUGGCCUCCAUUGGCUAUCCCGACGUUCACGACUUCUUCGGGCUGCAGAGAUUGUUUGGCGACUCCUGCGACGGGUGA